AUGGACAGCACCUGCGGGGACUCUCUCCCCUCCUCCGGGGCGAGAGUCCGAGUUUUUCUUCGGCUGGGCUCGGAAUCUCACUCUGUUCACUCGGGAGCGGGGGGGCUUCUCUCGCAGCAGCUGGCCGAGGUGAAGGAAGAGAGCAUGAAGAUACUGAAGAGCUUCAUCGCCAGCCACAACGUCCCGGACCAGGUUCCUGAUGAACUGGCCGACGGCGCUGCUGAGGACGAAGGCCGAGGAACUGACGAUAACCCUCCAAAGAAAUCGAAGAAAUGA